AUGAAUUAUGUUUGUAUCUUGUUUGCAGAUGAUUCUGGGCUGCCUCCUUCUACUGUUAUCAACCAAAAUGACACUUUCGCCAAAGUCACUUUUAAGCCAAGUGUGGUCCAACAAGCCAGGAUUGCUCAGAAUGGCAUUUUGGGAGAUUUCAUCAUUAGAUAUGAUGUCAACAGGGAACAGAGCAUUGGGGACAUCCAGGUUCUAAAUGGCUAUUUUGUGCACUACUUUGCCCCCAAAGACCUACCUCCUUUGCCCAAGAACGUGGUAUUUGUGCUUGACAGCAGUGCCUCCAUGGUAGGAACCAAGCUCCGGCAGGUGUAAAGCCCUGGCACUAGC